GGACGGGUCGACACCGGGGUAGUCGAGUGGGCUCCCUCCAUUUACCAUGGACCGAGUGAACAAGCCCUCCUCCCUGAAGCUGAUUCCGGAGGAGAAAGCUGACGUGAAGAUGUUGAUGGAGCGCGUAGUUCAGUUGGUUCGGGAGGGAGUGACGGGCAUGGAUCUCCUGGAAGUUUUCCUUAGGCGUCGAAUCCAGCCUCUUCAGUUCCGGAGCCACUGCAUGUGGUUGUACUGUGGAACUGAGGACGUGACUCGGGUUAACCCAGAAACAGUCGACGAUGCCACUCUGGAAAGGUGGAUGGCCGCUGUUACUGGGAACAAGGAUAACCCUCGCGGAGCCAGAAGGAUUCCUCCACUCGACUGCCACAGUGACCCAAACAAGGCCCUCACUGAACUGUACUCAAUGCCCAACGGAGCGCAGGCUCCGACUGAGGAGGGAGAAGCGAGCGGGGGCGAGAGUCAGGAGGAGGAGUGGGACUCGGACGCCGCCGAGGCCGAUGAUGAUGAUGAUGACGAUGAUGAUGAUGACGAUGAGGACGGCGAAGAGGAGGAGGAGGAGGAGGUCGCACCACCGCGCUCGGAAAGGCAGUCGAAACUUGUUCAUGACCCUGCAACUGAACGCGGCGAGGGGGUCGCGACUGUUACUCAGUCGACCAAGCGCCCCCGGACCACCUCUCCGGCGCCGACUGAAAAGGCGCCGAAGCAGCCCAGGGCGGCCCCGUCGAAGCCGACCAAGCACCUGCCGAAGAUGAAGGUGUCCAUCCCCACCAUAUCAGGGUAAUCAUAUUGCUUACGUCUUCUUGUUUUGU